AUGCCUUCCACAAAGACCAUCGCUGUCGCCGUCGCGGCCCUGGCUGCGUCAGGCGUCAGCGCAAACAAAUGCAACCCAUCCGCCUGUACCACGUACGAUCUGAAAACCGAGUCCGAAAUCGAAGCAGAAGAACUCAACUGCAACAAGCGCGGAGCCUUCAAAGAUACCGACAGCUACAGCCUCCCCAGUUGGACGAUGUAUGAUUGCGCCAAGAGUUGUUACGACUACGAACAGUUUACGUGCGAGCAAUUCAGCUUUACGCCUGGCGAGGAAGCAGGAAUACAGGGGCUUUGCACGCUUUACCCUGACAAUGAGAUUCCGGGGAAUACCAGGGGUCCGCCGGCUUAUUACGACAAGAAGUGUUUUAAGUGCAGUCCUCCUCCGAGCAGAGGAGGUAGGGGUGGCGCGAAAAUCCGUGGGAGGAUUCGACGGAGCUAG